GGUGGGCUGAGCGAGCUCGUCCUCCCCACCCAGCCCCCCACUUCACUCCCACUCCCUUGCCCCGGCACUUUUACAGCCCCCGUAGCCAGGCUCCUGGCCGGCUGUCUUUGCCCCUGGUCCGGGUUUUAGUCUAGAAUUUGCACCCCUUUUUGCAUAGAGAGCCUCCCACCUUUCUGUUCCUGUGCCAAGCUGAAGCAGCUGGCACAGUUGUCCUGGCUUGGUAGCAGCCGGCAGCACCCUGGGGUCUGCUCUUGCUGGUGCCCACAACUAGCUCUGCCUCUCCAGGGUGGGAGAAGCAUGACCGCAGGCUCCCCCUGAUCCUGCUGCCAGCCAGCCCCACCUCGCCCCGCUCACCCACUCUCCUGCACCUAUCAUGGCUUUGCUCCAUCCCUUUGCCAGCCUCCUCCUCCUCCUCCUUGCAGUGCCCCUUUCCCAGGCUGUAAACCAGUCCCUGCUGCCCCCUGGCUCCCUGCCUGGUGUCCCCCCACUGCCCCUCCUUCAGGCCCUGCAAGUGCGGGCACCGGACAGCCAGGGCUGGCAAGCGGGGCCAGCAAGCAGGCAGCCCCUGCGCUACAUGCUGAACUUGUACCGGCGUGCUGCCGACCGCGAAGGCCGACCCCGCCGUGGCCGCAGCCUGGGCACCAACACCAUCCGCCUCAUCUGGGCCAGCUCCCAUGGGGGUCAGCCCUGGGCAGGUCGCUGGUAUGUGCAGCCCCUCACCUACCGCCUGGAGGGCCAGCCCGAGGCCGAGCACCUCCUCCGAGCCACCAUGGUCUACCUGCCCAGCCUGCCGCUGGCCCGUGGUCGCCUCCUCUGUGCACUGGAGUUGGCCACCACUGGCGAGGCACCCGGGACACUGCUCAGCCCUGUCGCCCGCCCCCGCCAUGGCUGGGCCGAAGCGGACGUCACCCCAUACCUAGUGCCGGGGAACAGCAGCACGGGGAGUCUAGCGCUGCGACAUGUGUGUGUGCGUGCCGGACGGGCGGGGGGCCGUGAUGCCCCAGCGGCCCCCAGCCACCCCUUCCUCCUCCUCUACCUCAACGAUACCCGGGCGGGGCUGCCAUCUCCUGCAGCGGAGCCCCACCGGCACCGGCGCGAUGCAGGGAUGUUGGCCCAUGACCUGCCUGGCUACCUGCGGGAGCAGGGAGGGGGGAAAAGCGACUGCUCCCUGCGCCCCUUCCCUGUCAGCUUCGCCCAGCUGGGCUGGGACCACUGGAUCAUCGCUCCCCACCGCUACAACCCGCGCUAUUGCAAGGGCUCCUGUCCCCGCCUGCUCCGCUAUGACUACCACGCACCCAACCAUGCUGUGGUGCAGAGCUUCGUCCAUCAGCUGGUGGAUGCCAACGUGCCUCGGCCCUCCUGUGUCCCCUACCACUACAGCCCCAUCAGCGUCCUCAUGAUCGAGCGUGACGGCGGCAUCCUCUACAAAGAGUAUGAGAACAUGAUUGCAGAGUCCUGCACCUGCCGGUAACGCCUGCUGCCCUGGCACAUCACCCGUGGGCUCUGCCUGUCCCUGCUGGAUCUGGACUUUAGGGUUUGUCUUGCUCUGCCUGGGGCGGGUUCAUCCCCCACUCCCUGCGUGGCACUGCUCUGCAGGAAGGUUUUACAAUGGCAUUUUUAUGUAAAUUGUAGGUUUUUAAAGGCAGUAGCCUGUGCUGGGGCAGUUGCCCUGUGGCAUCUGUCCUUCCUGCAGCCCCACGGCCGCUGCCUGUUUUUGGGGGGCAGGGGGGCUUGGCCUGAUGCUCCCGGGGAAGAGUUGGGUCCCUGGACUGGGGCACGAAGCUCUUAGGAGGUAGCUGGGGGUUUCCCGGUGGAGCCAGGGUGGGGAGGGAGAGUGGUCCAGGUGUUCCUGUGCUUGGCACCAAGGAGGUGCCAUCAGUAUCUGGUGCAACCCUGCCCAUGGGACUCCUUCCCAGCUCACGUGCACCCCGUUCCUCUCUAGUCCCAGCUGCGACGGCAUCUCACUGGGCUGGGAAUUGGGCUUGGGGGGGAAGCCCCUCUCCUCCCCUGCAGUUCUACUCUGGAGGACUGUGAAAACUGGAGGGACCUGAGCUGCCAGCUCUGCUCCCAGUGCCAGGGCCAGGCAGCUGCCUGCUCUGGGCUCUGCCCACUGCUUCCUCUGCCACCCCUG